UUUGGUUCAUCUCCUAACCACAACAGCAUCUCCAGUUAUUCCCGUCUUCUUCACCUCCAACCCUCCAAAGACCCUUUACGUGGAGCUAAACAUCGACAUCUGAGAGCCUUCAAGGAAAAGAGACGAUUUUUCUUUAAUUGUUCGUUUGUGGAAGCACAAUUGAUCUGGAAAUUGAAGAAAGAAUGGAGGAAUUGCUGAAUUCAAUAUUAAUAUGUUGUGGUUAGAAAAGGUUCAUCAUGUUACUUGUCAAGGAGACUCAAUGACAAUCUAUUCUGUGUCCAUUAUUUCAGAAAGAGACAGAUAAUAACCCACAACCUUUUAACUAUGAUGAAUUCUCAAUUUAGGUCUGCCAAUGGUUCUGCCGGAAACAACUAUCAAUAUUACAAUGGCUUUCCAAUGGCUGGGCUAAGUCAAUUAGAAGGUUAUUCUUCAAGGCAACCUCCUCUUCAACAUGGAAGUUCAAGCAGGUCAGACAGGUUUUACUAUCAACCUAUGCAAGAGGUUGAGACCUGUUGCUUGUCUCCAAAUUUCCCAAGUGUAGACCACCUCCUGUGCUCUGAUAGUGGCAGCCAAUUGAACAUCAUUCCUGGUGAGAGUUCUCAUGAACAGAAUUGCAUCUUGGAGUCAUCCUCGGUAACUGGCAGUUACAAUUUUUACAACUCCCCACCUACUGUCAGUUUCUCGUCUAAUGGGAGUCCUGUGUCACAGCAAGAAUCUCAGUCAUACCCAGCAGACUCUCGUCAUUCCCCUGACAACAACUAUGGGUCUCCAAUAAGUGGGUCAUGCAUAACAGAAGAUGUCAAUGACUUGAGACACAAGCUGAGAGAACUGGAAACUGUAAUGCUUGAGCCUGAUUCAGAUAUUGUGGACAGGGACCUGAAAGAGGUACUCAUUGCCUGUGCAAAAGCUGUAUCAGAUAAUGAUCUUUUGAUUGCAGAAUGGUUGAUUGCUGAGUUAAGGAAGAUGGUCUCGGUUUCUGGGGAGCCAAUCCAGCGCCUGGGAGCUUACAUGUUGGAAGGGAUUGUUGCAAGGUUGGCCCACUCAGGAAGUUCCAUUUACAAGUCCCUGAAGUGCAGAGAGCCUGCUAGUGCUGAACUACUCUCCUACAUGCACCUCCUAUAUGAAGUCUGCCCGUACUUCAAGUUUGGAUAUUUGUCUGCCAAUGGUGCUAUUGCAGAAGCUUUGAAGGAUGAAAACAGAAUCCACAUUAUUGACUUCCAGAUUGCACAAGGCAGCCAGUGGAUCACCCUUAUCCAGGCUCUUGCAGCUCGGCCUUGUGGUCCCCCGCACAUCCGCAUCACCGGUAUAGAUGAUUCCCAAUCAGCUCAUGCUCGAGGAGGAGGACUUGAGAUUGUUGGACAGAGAUUGUCAAGGCUUGCCAAGUCGUGCGAUGUUCCCUUUCAUUUCCAUGCAGCUGCCAUGUCUGGAUGUGAAGUUGAGCUUGAAAAUCUGUGUGUUCAUCCUGGGGAAGCUAUAGCUGUGAAUUUUCCAUACAUGUUGCACCACAUGCCAGAUGAAAGUGUGGGCACUGAGAACCACCGUGACCGGCUGCUGAGAUUGGUUAAGAGCUUGUCACCCAAGGUGGUGACACUGGUGGAGCAAGAAUCGAACACCAAUACCACUCCUUUCUUCCUACGAUUCCUUGAGACUCUGAGCUUUUAUACAGCUAUGUUUGAGUCAAUUGAUGUCAAACUCCCAAGGGACCACAAGGAACGUAUAAAUGUUGAGCAGCAAUGUGUGGCACGUGAUGUGGUGAACAUCAUAGCUUGUGAAGGCGCUGAAAGAGUAGAACGUCAUGAGUUACAUGGGAAGUGGAGGUCACGGUUCACAAUGGCUGGGUUCACUCCAUACCCGUUGAACUCAUCUGUGAAUGCUACUAUCAAGUCUCUGAUGGAAGACUAUUGUGAGAAUUAUACACUUGAGGAGAGAGAUGGCGUUCUCUAUCUUGGCUGGAAGAACAGAGUUUUGGUUUCAUCUUGUGCAUGGAAGUGAAUAUUGCACUAACGGAUGACCUCUGCUUUGCAGUUCUGUGUUCAGGCGAUCCAGGUAAAACUUGAAAUUAUGUUUACUUGAUAACAAACAUGGAAAGAGUUGGAUUGUCUCUAUUCUCUGGAACAUAGUAAUCCAUAUUAACUCUUCCUGGAAAAGCCAUCUCCUGUAAUUGCAACUUUUAAUAUGA